GAAGGCGAUAUGUUAUGAGACUUCGAGUAAGAUUAACGGCGUUACCCUAGCACGGGAAUAGUUCCCCGGGCGGAAUACAUGGACUUGACGCUCCAAAACUCACAGCAGUUCCGGAACAAGAGAGAGGAUGGCCAGGACCAGGGGAGUCGUGCCGGACCAACCACAGUCGCGGAGCAGCAAUCGCCGCAGCAAUGCGACCGAAAUCAUCACAUCGUCUUGCUGACAGCCGAACAUACUACACGCUCGCCAUGCUCUUUUUGGGUUGAUGACUGACCGGGGAUAGACGGUGGCGCGAGGGAACCAAUGGCAGCCACAGAAAACUAGAUGGCUUGAGGACCGCAGUGUCCGGCCUACAAGCCCAUGGUGUAGUUGGGAGCCGCAUGCACAUAUCUCAUCUGCUUGACUUGCUGCUCAAGAUUAUCCUGUGGUGUCUCCCUGAACUUUCCCAUGCGCCGCCUGCAAUAUCAAUGACACACGUCUGGUCAACGAAGAAUUCCACCUGUUGCACCGCUAUGUCGUCAGUUGAGGCUGAUCUCUGUGACUGGUAUCAAGAUGCGCAGUUCCUUGACCCAGGCAACUGGGCCGUUGACCACUGCGCCCUGACCGCCGACACUUUCGGCGGACACCUCCCCCCUGCAGAGGACGAAAGCCUCCAUGGCUUCGCGAGCAACCUGGCAGACUCGCAAUUUCUCCUUCCCCCUCAGAAUCCGACCUCCGGAGGAUACCUGCCUUAUGGGGAGGCUGAUCCACAAGUUCACCAGCCCCCUAUCAACUUUCUCUGCGAAUAUCAGCAUCCCGAGCCGGUCAACCUAUCCGCGUCCGCCGUGACCGCCGUGGUGCAAGAUCCGUCGUGGGGGGCGGGAACGACUCCAUACGAGCCCAAUCCAUAUAUGAGCAGUCCAGCGACGUCGAUCCCACAAGCCUCGGUCGCGUUACACGGCUCUUUCGAGGUUACACGACCGCCCCAGAUUCCCGAGCCGCCGCGCCCCCCGCCGCCGCUGCCGCUGCCGCUUGACCCGCCAGCGGCGCCAAUCAUCGACCCGGGCUCGGCGCCCAGCGAAUGGGGUGCACAACAGCAACACGUCCUACCCCGGCUGCCGCUGCUGUUCAAGCCAAAGCACCCCGUCUGGCAAGCACUCAAGCAGCAGCGGAAGCGGGCGAGCCGGCGCCUGGUGGACAUCCGGCACCGGACCAAGGAGCGCGAGGCGCAGGAGAAGAUCAAGACCGAGUCCGAGAUGCUGCAAGGCCUGCACGACCGCCUCGUCGCCGAGGAGAAGGCGCUCAAGGGGCAGCGGCUCGACCUCAUGACCGAGCUGCUGGCGCAUGCACACUGUAACGACAGCGCGAUAGACGAAUACCUGCAGUACGCGCCCAAAGAGAUCGUGCGAAAAGCGCGAAAACACUACCUCGAGACUGCGCGGGGCCAGAGAGCCGGCUCGGCGCCGCCGGCGAUGUAAAGAGCCGGGAGCGGGUCCCCUUGAGUCAGUGGUUUUUCGGCACGUUUUCAGCGGAUAUGCAAUGGCUCCGACUUUAUUCCCGGCGC